AAGGUCAGCACCUGCGUCCUCCUAGUCGGUCGAAUGACAAGCCUCUGCAAGUCCAGAGACCGUAUUGGUUCUGCGGGCACUUGGCAGCUUCGAGAGCUCCUAUGUUUCCCGGUCUUCAAACAAGCUCAAUGAAGCGGUCGCACAAGCCUUCGCCAGCGGUGCUCGCAACCUACCCGGAGCGACCGAGGGCAUAUCCAUCUCCAGAACCGUCGCUAAUGAGCUCGAUUCGGCCAAAUUUGAUCCGCUUCUUGUUCGGACUGUGGCAAAGAACGUGAAUGCCAGCUUGGAGAUGCUUCUGUCUCGAGCAGAUAGUUUUGUCAGUGUCAGCGAGUGUGGCUGUUGCGAUCACUCACGUCCUACAGGUCAGCCGGGACCGCACUGCCGUUACACUGGUGGGCCCGAGCGCCACACCUCAACAGCUGUCUAACGGGCUGCUUGCUUCCUGCUUGUAUCAAUGCUGGGCUCGUCUUGACAAACUGGAUCAAGAACAGUCGGAUACGACUUUGGCUAUCAUUAAGCCUACCGUGCAGAACCUGCGUAAGGCUUACGAGCGCAUCGUCAACCCUCUCAAUCUGGCUAUACGGCGAGAUCUCGGGGCUGUCAUUACGAAGCUGCAUAAACUCGAUCUGGGCAAGACCGCCGAUCCUAUGGCCGGGAUGAACGGCGCC